GGGAGGGGAUGGGGUUUAUCAAGUCGCCGGCGGGCUGCCCGGCGGGCAGCAGCUGGUGCGAGUAGCUUAGCUGGAGAGGCUCACGCGGGGAAGAAGGGAGGCCGCCGACCUACUGGGCCCACGGGCUCCCACACAGUUCCUGAGCUGGUGCCAGGCAGGUGACACCGUCUUCCUGCAGCCCCCAGCAUGUGGGCAGGCCUGGGCCCUGCCGUCACACUGGCCCUGGUGUUGGUGGCAUGGGCCACCCAGCUCAAGCCCACAGCACCACCCAUCUUCACCGGCCGGCCCUUCGUGGUAGCAUGGGAUGUCCCCACACAAGACUGUGGCCCUCGCCUCAAGGUACCACUGGACCUGAAGGCCUUUGAUGUGCAGGCCUCACCUAAUGAGGGUUUUGUGAACCAGAACAUCACCAUCUUCUACCAUGACCGGCUGGGCCUGUAUCCACACUUCAAUUCCGUGGGGAGGUCUGUGCAUGGGGGCGUGCCACAGAAUGGCAGCCUCUGGGCACAUCUGAAGAUGCUGCAGGAGCACGUGGAGCACUACAUCCGUACACAGGAGCCUGCAGGCCUGGCAGUCAUCGACUGGGAGGACUGGCGGCCUGUGUGGGUGCGCAACUGGCAGGACAAGGACAUAUACCGCCAGUCGUCACGCCAGUUGGUGUCCAUUCGCCACCCUGACUGGCCAGCAGACCGUGUGGUCAAGCAGGCGCAGUACGAGUUUGAGUUUGCGGCCCGCCAGUUCAUGCUGGAGACGCUGCGCUUUGUCAAGGCAGUGCGGCCGCGGCACCUCUGGGGCUUCUACCUCUUCCCCGACUGUUACAACCACGACUACGUGCAGAACUGGGACACCUAUACCGGCCGCUGCCCUGAUGUUGAGGUCUCCCGAAACGACCAGCUGGCCUGGCUGUGGGCCGAGAGCACAGCCCUCUUCCCCUCGGUCUACCUGGACGAGACACUGGCGUCCUCCACCCACGGCCGCAACUUUGUCAGCUUCCGCGUUCAGGAGGCCCUCCGCGUGGCUCACACCCACCAUGCCAACCACGCGCUCCCGGUCUACGUCUUCACGCGACCCACCUAUAGCCGCAGGCUCACAGGGCUUAGCGAGAUGGAUCUCAUCUCCACCAUUGGUGAGAGUGCAGCCCUGGGCGCAGCCGGGGUCAUCCUCUGGGGCGACGCAGGCUACACCACCAGCACGGAGACCUGCCAGUACCUCAAGGAUUACCUGACGCGGCUGCUGGUCCCCUACGUAGUCAACGUGUCCUGGGCUGCCCAGUAUUGCAGCUGGGCCCAGUGCCAUGGGCACGGGCGCUGUGUACGCCGCGACCCCAGCUCCAGUACCUUCCUGCACCUCAGCGCCAGCAGCUUCCACCUGGUGCCUAGCCACGUACCUGGGGAGCCCCAGCUGCGCCCAGAGGGGGAGCUCAGCUGGGCUGAUCUCAACUACCUGCAGACGCACUUUCGCUGCCAGUGCUACUUAGGCUGGGGUGGCGAGCAAUGCCAGUGGGACCAUACACGGGCAGCUGGGGGUGCCCGUGGGGCCUGGGCUGGGUCCUUCCUCACCGGCUCCCUGGCUGUGGCAGCCCUGGCCCUCACCUGGACUUUAUAGGGGUCUCUCCCAGCCGCCGGGCCAGCUGGCCUCUGCCACGAGGGCUCCGCCCGGCAUGUAGGAGCCUGCACGGGGUGGACACACUGGAGCUCCGAGGGGGCAGAGCCCCAGGGAUGCCCAGCAGGGUGUCCAUACCAGCUCUCACCCCCCUGUUCUAAGGGGGAGGGGCAGUUCCCUGAGAGGCCCCUUUUCUCCCUGCCAGAGAGGAAGAGGGGCACAGCCGGGCCAGAGAGGACCUGACCCUACUCUCCUGCCCCUGGAUAGCUUAUUAUUAUUAUUUUGGGGUCUCUUUUGUAAAUUAAAUAUAAAACACCUGCUUCUGUGCUUGGACUGUCUGCACCUAGGCCAGGACACGUGAGAGAGAUUCCAGGGUGUCUCAGGAGGUUUGAGCGCAGCCCUGUCUCCGUGAGACUCUCUGCUGGGGACUUCAUAUCUGUCAGAUGCGGUCCGUGGAACCUGGAGGCCAGAGCUGCCCAUUCUGCAGCUGCCCUGCUGGGGCGGGGGCCACUGGGAACGGAGGGAUUCACAUUCCACCCCAACUCCCAGGAUCGUGGGUUUCUCCAUAUCGAUUGGAAAGCAGUUGGCCCCAGCCUUCCAUGAGGGACCGGGCUCAUUGUGUUUCCCCUCCUUGCCCCUGGAUCCCCAGCUGGGCCAGUGCCACUCACCUCGCCUUGCCCACCCAGGGAGAAAAGGGAAGUGGAUGUAUUUGAUCUUCCCUGGCUGGGCAGGUAGCCAGACCUCCCCUCCCUGUUCCCACAGGCAAGAGCGUCUCCUCCACUCCCUGCUCCAAGGGCAGUGGACUUCAGCCACACACACCUCUCCCCAGCUGGGUCACAGUCCUCCACUGGGGUUUGGGACCUGAAUCUUGAGGUCUCAGCCCUGUCCCACUGCAAAGACGCGCGAUGGAGCGAGAGGGAGGCAUCUUGAGUCCGGGAGCAGAGACCUCCUCAAAGGUCAGCCCUGUCCUGACCAUGGGAGAAUGUGGCUUGUCCCCAGCUGUCCCAGGGGAGAGAAGUAGCAUCUGGAGUAGUCAGACUAGCUCCAGCCUGCUUCAUUCUGAGGGGGCUCUGCCCCUCUCCUCAGCCAUCAAACCCACACUUGGGGUCCCCUUGUCCAUGUCAGUGAUGACACAACACUGGCUGUGGGGAGACAGAUUCAAGAAACAGCCAAGUGGUAAAGGGGGGCAGCCCAGCCACAAGGCCUCAAGGGAGGUAUCCUUGAGGAAGUGCUUUCUACACUGAGUUUGAAAAGGGGAAGGGGAAGCUUGCUACUAGAGACAAAGUGCGGGCAAAGGCUGCAGGAAGUUGGAACACGGCUGGGACCUGCAGUCUGAGGCUGCGGCGUGGCCAGGGGCUACCACAGGUAGGGCAGGAAGGGCAGCCCUCGAGUGGCACCACGCCUGACUUUGCCUGAUGGCAGUGACCGUCUCACCUGCUCAGUAAACAGCACUCACACACAUGCCAGUGCUGGGCUGGGCUGCAUCUGCGAGCCGCACCAGCAAAGGGCCCUGUCGUCCUGGGGAUGCACACUAGAUGCAAAGGCCAAGUCAGAGGUGGUCAGUGGAGCAGAGCCUGGAGAAGCGAGCCCCACCACAUCGAUGUCAGCUCAGGUUGUAAAGUGAUCCCUGUCCCUCUGGCUGGUGACAGCCGAGAACGGAGGGAAGGGGGCUAGGCGGUAGCACAGAAGGCAAUGUCAGUCACGUGGAGGGGGAGGGCGCUGAGGUGGAAGGGCACCCAGUGCUCAUGGCCAUGGUGGGGAGAAGCCUGCUGGACAGAAGAUGAAGGUGUUGGUCUAUAAGGUCACAAGAUGCUGGAGCCAGCAAAAAGGGCAAGGAAGAAGCUGUGACUCGUGGCCUUUGUUGCUCUCACCCCUCGGACUUCCCCUACCCAGCUGUGACCCUCAAAUACACCUGUGAGCUACCCCACCCACAUCUCUAACAACCAACAUCUGUGGCCUUUCCCACCCAGUCAGGACUCCUCCAUACCCGUGCAAAGCUGUGGUUUCCCCCACAUGUGUGACCUACACAACUCUUACCUCCCCCAGACAUCUGUGACCUGUACCCAUCCGGCUGGGACCCCUCCGGGCAAACCUGUGAUCACCUCACAUCACUUUCCAGGAGGACCUGGACGACAGCCUUGUGGAAACUGCAACUCAGGGACAGCCACAGCUGUGGGUGGGUGGGUGUAAAGGGGAGUGAGGUGGCUCAGACCUGGGAUAUGCACACCACCAGAGAGAGCAGGCAGGGCUGGACAACCAAGCCGGACUGACCCCAGACACACACAGCGCUUGGGCCAACCCGGCCAGACCAGCCCAGCAGGGGCGGGUCUGUGGGCAGGGCCCUAGAGCUGGGGAGCAUCUCCCUGCCAUUUCCACCAUUAGAGCUUCUCCCCUAGACUGAGGCCAGCUAGAGAAUGCCAGCCUGAGGUUUGGCUGGGUUACGCCAAUUGUGGCACUAUGUUUCUGGGGGCACCUGAAGGUAGCAUGAACCCUCAGGAAGAGGGAGUCGGGGCUGCCUUGGUGUUCUGUCCCCUCAGGCCUUGGUAGUUUUGCCAGGCUCUCUGAGCCUAAUGGUCAUCGCUUUGGGACCCUGCUUCCUGAACGAGAUCAGCAGCCGCCACCUCUGUGGCUAGAUCCUGUGCUGGGGUCCUCCUCCUUCAGCACUGUCAGCUUCUCCAUCCUAGCCUGGAGGACCGAGUCCAGAUGGUAGCCGCUGUGUCACUGAUUCAUUGGCCACUGUGCCAGGGGGUCCCUGGCUCAGGCUCAGACUCUGUUGUGGACUCAAGUAGCACUUUCACCUGGAUCAGGGAUAUGAGGUUUCCUUCACCCCACCCUGGCAGGCAUGCCUGGGCCUAGGCACCUAGCAGGUCUCACUAAUCAGCUUCUGAAUCAGCAAACAAGUGAAAUCACAAAGGAAUGAACAAGUAUGUGGUCACUGACACACCCAUGGUCACCCAAACACGGGGUCUCAUAGUCACAAGACUGCAAAGUCUCACACCCAGCUUAGGCACUGGAUCCCACACUUGUACAUACUACCGGACCUUGCACAGAGGCCUAGACCGUAGCUGACCAGCCCUGACUUCACAGACAACAGUGCCUUUCAAACUCGUCCCUAAAGCAGAGGAGAUCUACCUCCUGGGCAUAGUCGGUGUAGGGCCUGGGGCCGCAAUACUUCUAGGGGCCCAAAAACUGUCUUCACUUUUUUUUUUUAAAGAUUUUAUUUAUAUGACAGAGACACAGCGAGAGGGAACACAAGCACGGGGAGUGGG